UGCACGUUAGAGCCAUGUGAUGGCGGUAAACACGUUUAUAGGGGAGGCGGCAUGCCACUAUUGUGCAAUCCGAAGAAGACUAAGGCGCGAGCAUUAGCUUAGCUGGGUGCUGCUAAUUCGGAGUUGAACCAAAAUGGAAGAGUACCCGUCUAAACAACCAACAGAAAAUCUGGAUGAACCUCCCAACAGCCGACUGUUUUUAGUCACCAGUCGGUCCUUGUCCGAAGAUGUGAUUCGAGACGGCUUCACCCAGUUUGGGGACAUCCAAGGGGUUUGGGUGGUCAAAGACAAACAGACCAAGGAAUCCAAAGGCGUUUCCUAUGUGAAGUUCUCAAAGUCUUCGCAGGCCUGCCUGGCCAUGGAGGAGAUGCACGGCAAAGUCCUGGUGGAAGGAACAAAACCUAUUAAGGUAUUUAUUGCCCAGUCCCGAUCAUCAGGGCGGCACAGGGAUGUUGAAGAUGAGGAGCUGACCAGGAUCUUUGUCAUGAUCCCCAAGACCUUCUCAGAGGAGGACCUCAAAGACACAUUUAAAGAGUAUGGGGAUAUAGAGUACUGUGUGAUCAUAAAGAACAAAUUUACUGGGGAGAGCAAAGGUUUGGGCUAUGUCAGAUACUACAAGCCUUCCCAAGCUGCCUUGGCUAUUGAGAACUGUGAUAGAGGUUAUAGGGCCAUCUUGGCUGAACCUCGCAGUAGGACAACACCAACAGAUGGAGAAUACCCUGCGGGAGGGCCCAGGGCAGAUCACAUGACUGGUGAACCAGUGAAUCCCUACCCCUUUGCUCUGGCUGACCCUGGCAACUAUGCAGUCGCAGACUACCGCUCCAGUGAUGUCAUCACACGGUGCUUGAUGGUAUCGUCCAGGGCAGCAAUUACCCAAGAGCAGAUUUAUGCUCUUUUUGACAUCAUCCCUGGCAUGGACUACUGUGAGCUCCAGAGAGACCCCUACGGACUUAGCAAAGGGCAGGCAAUAAUUCGUUACAGCAACCUUGGAUCAGCAGUCUACGCAAAGGAGAAGCUGAAUGGUUUUGAAUUUCCUCCCGGCAGCAGACUGGCGGUAACAUUCAUAGAUGAUGGAGAAGACCGUAACAGUCCAGUAGGAAGGAUGGCCAUGCAGUUUGUGGCAGCACAGAUGAUGUCCACAGUCUGGAAUGGCCCUUCCAGCAGCCAAUUACUGAAAAGCACUGCUGCCUUCCCUGCUGUUGCUCCGGUGUCCCGAAUACAAACGGAUGUCUCCCUGCCCUCUCUGAAGAAGUUGGCGCCACCUGACAGCAAGACAAAGGAGCGCUUGUUUGUUGUAUUCAGUCCCUCCCCACUGCCACUAGAUGUGUUGGAGGAUGUUUUCUGUCGGUAUGGCUCUCUAAUAGAGGUCCAUUUGGUUCCAGGGCGGAAGGUUGGAUACAUGAAGUAUGCUGACAAACAGUGCGCAGAGGAUGCUAUGGCUGCACUUCAUGGUCGGACAGUUAACGGAGUGAGAAUGAAGGUGAUGUUAGCUGACCCACCUAGAGAGGAAUCCCACAAGCGGCCACGCACCUAUUAGGAGGGUGCCCAGGCACAAUAGUAUUUACUUCUUUUUGCCCUGUAAUGGCCUGGCGGCCUGUCCAGGGUGUCUCUCCGCCUGCCGCCCAAUGACUGCUGGGAUAGGCUCCAGCAUCCCGUGACCAGGAUUCGGAUAAAGCGGCUUGGAUAAUGGAUGGAUGGAUAAUAUUUCCUCAGGGAAACAGAAGACCGAGGGUUAAUGAUGUGGUAGCCUCACAGCAACAGCAGCCAAAGUAAAACAAAAUCCAUGUAGAAAACUGUAAAAUCAUCCCCCAACAAAUGGCUUCACAGAAAAUUAUGCAGUGUCCUUGUUUCAGGACCAUUCAACGUGUUCAUCAGGAAUAGAAUAUAUCCUAUUUUUUCAAAAUUGUUCUAAAAAGUUUCCUGUUGUGUGAGUCGGCUUAUGAUUAGGGCUUUUAACCUUUUGAAAACACAGCGUGGGGUUGUAUUUUUCAGAGGCUGUUGUGACCCGACUAGAUAGAUCAUCAUAUUUCUCCCAGAUCAAGGAGGAUCUUCUGCAGUAGGCCACAUAUAAUUUGUUGUACUAUACGUUGUAUCCAGAUGAACUGAUUCAGCCUUCUUUGAUUUUCUUACCUGGAUUAUUGAGCAUGCAUCAAGACGGUAGGCCACAUAGUGACCAAGGGCAUCCCUCGAUGGUCCUGGUGUGAAUGCAACAAUUCCUCGUAGUGUGAAUGCUUCUUCGUUGAGUUGCAAGUUGACUGGAAAUUCAGACAGUGAAUAAUUAGUGUCUGCGCCCGUUUCUGCUAUGCACAAUAGUUGUCCAGUAGUGUAGCUGUGUGUGACUGAGCCAUUUCAGAGUAAUUUCAAUGAUGAAGGGUCAUGUUUCAAGCUAUCUGAGCCCUCAUCAGGCAACUUCAAUGGCCUCAUACAUGUGGAAAGAUUGGGUAGUAGUCCAUCUUCCAGUGCAGCUUGUAGCUGACCCAUUCCUCCUGCUUGGAAAAUGUUAACAUUGACAGGGAGCAGAGGGAUUUCCCUUGAAUGCCCUAUGCUUUGCCACAGUGUGGGGAGGAGCACUGUCUCUUGUCACACUAGCAAUUUGUUUCAUAGUUGUAGUAAUGAUGUGAGCUAUGUUACAUUUUGCAUUCACUUAAACCCGACUUCAGCUGUACAGAUUCAAAUGUAUCAGACAGUAUUUUUGCCCUCCAUUCAUGAAAAUCACAUUAAACUCCUGUGUGACAAUGGUUUUCACCAAAUGAAACAUUUCAAAUUUCACAGAAUGCACAAUAGAGACAUUGGCAAAAGGAAACAAAGGCACACGUAUUGUUUUUGGUGACUUUAACAGGCUGUUUGGCCAGGUAGUUGCCAUUUCCUAGAAGACGACCUUUGGUUUGUUUUCUUUUCAAGUUUAAAUCUACAUGCGACCACCCGGGGAAGGAUUAAGGUAGGAUGUACUCUUUUUGGUGGUAGAGCAAGGCCUCUCCAGUUUUCAAGAAAUUAUUCCCUUGAUAGAUUGGUCUCUCCUGUCAUUGUAUAAUAACUUUAUUCAUAUAGCACUUUUCUAAAACAAUGUUACAAAGUGUUUUACAAAGAAAUAAAACCACACAAGGCAAAAAAUAAGAGUAAGACCAAAUAUGGCGUGCUGCAGGUUGGCCGUUAGCAUCCAACAACCCAUCCUCAUCUGGGCUGACACUGUCUCUCUGUAGUUUUGAUUUGUUUAUCAUCAUUGUAGCCCAGGAUUUCCCAAGUAUUGUGCCUGUUUAAUUUUACUGCUACUACUUUCGGCUGCUCCCGUUAGGGGUCGCCACAGCGGAUCAUUUGUUUCCAUCUCUUCCUGUUGUCUCCAUCUUCCUCUGUCACACCAGCUACCUGCAUGUCCUCCCUCACCACAUCCAUAAACCUUUUCUUUGGCCUUCUUCUUAUCCUCUUCCCUGGCAGCUCCAUAUUCAGCAUCCUUCUCCCAAUAUACCCAGCAUCUCUCCUCCACACAUGUCCAAACCAUCUCAAUCUUGCCUCUCUUGCUUUGUCUCCAGACCAUCCAGUCUGAGCUGUCAUCCUAAUAUACUCAUUCCUAAUCCUGUCCUGUCCUCUGCCACCUCCAGCACAUUUAGUUUUACAAACGUAUGUAAAGCCUUUGGCGAUAUUUUGUUGAA